AUGGGCUCUAACAUGUAUCCUUCUUCGUCGCUGCUGGGAGAAAGCAAAGAUAAUUUUGCUUCUGUUCCCGUCGAUGAUCUUAUAGAGAAUGCAGAUGGUUUCGCUAAGCAUAAAUAUGAGAUUGUGAAGAGGUUACAAGCUAGAAAGCACAUUUGUGGGAUGACUGGUGAUGGAGUGAAUGAUGCACCAGCUUUGAAGAUAGCAGACAUAGGUAUCGUUGUAGCAGAUGCAACAGAUGCUGCAAGAAGUGCCUCUGAUAUAGUUCUAACAGAACCUGGGUUGAGUGUGAUCAUAAGUGCUGUUUUAACUAGCCGUGAAAUUUUCCAAAGAGUGAAAAACUACACAAUAUAUGUUGUAUCUAUCACCAUCCGUAUUGUGGUUGGCUUUAUGUUACUCACAUGCAUUUGGGAAUUUAACUUUCCUCCCUUUAUGGUUCUUGUCAUAGCCAUUCUCAAUGAUGAAUAGGAGAAAUAAAGCAGUUGAUGUGCUUUCUAAGAUCUAUAUAUGAUCUUGCUCGCUUAGAGGAUGAAGUUGAUUUCCUCAUAGCUCAAUCAGAGCAAGACCGACAGAAAAGGAAUAAUGUCAAAUUUUGGCAUGUUUUUCAAUCAAAGGAAAUUAGAUUGGCUUUUCUUGUUGGAGGAGGACUUCUGCUAAUAAUGCUUGUUUCCUUUUCUUUUAUUCUUUAAUCUUCUUUUAAAGUUUUUUUACAAGAUAAGACAUGUUUUGGUUUGCGACUUUGAGUAAUAGGCUAAAAGAAAAUAAAGCUAGUGUUACCUAGAAUGGAAAGUGAAGCUUUAAAAUAAUUUAUCAAUUUUGUAUCUGUUUUUGCCAUCUUUUGCAGGUAAAAAAGUUCACAAAUGUUUCCGAAACAAUUAUGUAUGAUCUAAAGGAAAGAAGUUUAAGAGGGCUAGAGGAAGGAGGAACAGCGAAGGACUUAGGAUUUAAGUUAUAUUGUUUUUGUAUUUUUCUUCACUUUUUAG